AAAUAGUGAUGGGGGCAACUGAUAAACGCCAACAGUUUCCAACUUGACUUUCAAUAGCAAACAUCAAGUUGCAACAAUAAGCGGCCAAUUGUUUAGGCUACAGCACUUUUAAAAAGAUGGCAUUGCAAAUGAUGUUACUUGGUUUGCUGAUUGUUGCCGCAUUGGCCGAACCGGAGCCGAAGGCGGAACCUGCUGCAGAUCCACAAUAUUAUCCGAAAUACGAGCCCAAAUAUCCGCAGCCAUCGUAUUCUAAACCAUCCUACAAACCCAGUUAUCCUGCAUACCCUGAAUAUAAGCCGAGUUACGACUAUUCUUACAAGAAAGACAGCUAUUACUGUGAUCCUCGUACUCCACCCAGAUGCGCCAACUCGUCCGCCACGUUCUGCCUCAGUGACUACGAAUAUCCAUCUCGAGAAAUUCAGUAUGCCAUCGAAUACGACCCGCUGAUUUUGAAGAAAUACGCUGAUGUCCCCGUCCAAUCGGCUGACAAUUUAGUGGAGGGCGUUAGCUCGUCCGAAGAAGACAAAUUCGAUUAUUCUCACUACAACGGAAAAACCUUCGACCAGAGCAACUGGAUCGGAGGCGCAGGAUACAUCUGCCCUAGCGACGUUAUAUAUGCACGACCUAAACGCGCUUUGAACGUUGAAGGUGAAUGGCGUGUCAUUGUUCAAGACGUAGCCUAUUACACUCAGACCCAGCGUGUUGAAACGUGCUUGUUUGCUGGAGCAUCGUGCCGCACUCUGGCACCCUGUCACCGCAGUUCGUGCGUCCAGAAAUACGUCUACCAUCGUAUGCUUUCCUUUGACCCCUGCAAUGCUCAAAGAGGCCUUUUUAUUGACAUUUACAAGUUGCCAUCAGCUUGCUCCUGUCGUAUACCCGCUUGACUGGAACUCCAACGUUGCUGACUCUGAAAGAAGACGAAUAUUUCAUUAUAACCCCGAAAGUGGAAUAAUAUAUGACUAAGAGGUUCUUUAAUGUU